AAAAAACUUUGUUCCGGGCGCUUUGGGUUGACUUGCUUUUGGGAAGAAUCUAGCCUUUUUAGCCACCACUAUGUCUACGACAAGCCAGCCGUCAGUUAUUCGUCGCCCACAGGCCCGAAAGAAGGUCAACGACGAUGCAUCGUAUUUCGGGCCUCCUGGUGCAUCGUCGUUAAAGAGACAAGCAGUAGAACGCGUUGACGGUGAACCCAGAAUGAAGAGAAAACGGGUCGAACCAGUCGUCCGAGAUCCAAUGGACACGGAGAACAGAAUAUCUUUCGUCGAGUUCGACAAGAUGCCAAUGACGGUGAUAUACAAAUACCUCACUCAUUUCGACAUAAUACCGGAAAUAUACCCAUCACCUCUCAGGGCAGAUGACCCCUCGCCGCCUUUUGCUCUGACUCUGCCAUCUCAUCUACCUUCUCGGCCGUCAAGCCCGCCACCCGCUGCGACGCCUGCAAACAGACCGCGAAGAGACCCUAUUCCGAAUAGGCGUCGUAGUUCUCGGUUGUUGGAAGAGGACGACGUGCCAAGGCGUGUUCCUAUCCUGGCUGAUAUCGAUGAGUUGCAAUCUGUGUUAGCUGGUAUAGCGGAGAAGCACUUUAGAGAGACGUUGGCUAUUACGGGCAGAGAGGAGGUGGAUACGUUGGCAUCGUUUAUGUGCGCGGUAGAGAGGAUGAAGGGUGGGAAGGUGACUCGAUGAUUAGUUUAUCAUUGUAUCUCCUUUACAUGCCGUUUUCUAGGACUGUAUUAUGGCUUUUUUGAAAGCCGAUCUCCCCGGUCCCCGUAUCAGCUACAUCCCCGUACGACAUCCCCCAAGAUGCUCUGAGCUUUCGUCACGUUCCUUACACUGAUAGUUACUCUCACGCGAUGUGAUAUACCAUGAUGAAUGGCUUCGAGGCUGGCUACUCGCGUCAGCCAACUGUGAAUACGUGUGCUUG